GGGGCGCUACACGUUCAUCAUACUCUGUCGAUUCGCUCUGCUCUGAUCAUGGAUGUCACCUCAGAUGUUUCCAUCCAGAUUUGGCAGAUUUGUUUUUACUGAAUAUCCCAGAAACCUCAAGAAAGAUAACGGGACUCUCUCUGCUGUCCAAACAUCAUGCUUCCCCGGGCGGGUAAAGACUUUCUGGUGCGCAUUCGGUUCUUCUGGAAGCCGCUGUUCCAGGGCCGAUACCUGCUGCUCACCAACACCCUGAGUGGAGGAGUGAUGCUGUCGCUGGGAGACAUUCUGCAGCAGAGCCGGGAGAAGCGCCGGGAACCGGGCCGAAUCCGGGACUGGGAGAGGACAGGUCGCAUGUUCGUGGUGGGCUGCUCCAUGGGUCCACUGCUGCACUACUGGUACAUCUGGCUGGACAGAGUGUACGCCGGCAAAGCUCUGAACACGUUGAGCAGGAAGGUUCUGGUGGACCAGCUGGUGGCCUCGCCGACGCUGGGGAUGUGGUAUUUUUUAGGUAUGGACCUCAUGGAGGGACGCAGUUUAUCCGAAGGAUGGGCGGAGUUUAGAGACAAGUUCUGGGAGUUUUAUAAGAUGGACUGGUGUGUUUGGCCGGCCGCUCAGACGAUCAACUUCUACUUCCUCUCGCCCAAAUUUCGCGUCGUGUACAUCAACUUUAUCACCUUAGGGUGGGACACCUACCUCUCCUACCUCAAACACAGGGAUGAAGUGCAGCAUGUUGAUCUGACAUCAGACAGCAGCGCCGUGGAUGUACAGCAGGAAGCACUGCCACCAUCUAAACCUGUGGAGGACAAGAGACAUGAAGUGCUCUCCUGUUGGAGCGUCCUGGAAUGAAAAGCUGUUUCACUGCCCUCAGCCUCUCCACCAUCUGAAGAUCCGUUUUCAAAGUGGGAGUCUCCCAAAUGCAUUCAGACAUUCCCCCAACGUCUCAACAAGCGCCACCUUUGUUGUAUUGGUGUACUAAAAGCUUGAAACUGAGUGAGAAAAAUCAGUAGCGAUGUGAUGCAGCUGCUGACUUUUCCACAUCCAGCCAUGUUAAUGUGUGUGAACUUUGCCUUAAUGUGUAGUCCAGAGCUGCACUUGUUGCUCAUGCCAAAUAACCUCGACCUAUUCCGCUUAUCCCUUUAGGGUACCUAUAAAACGAUGCAUGAUUGCGAGUCUGCUGUAAUUAUCAUUAAAUUUAAGAGCUUUGAUGUUUUAUUAUGUAAUACAGGUUCACCAGCUGUACGAAGAGCUCGAUUCAUUGUAGACUGAAGAUGUAAAAUUAUUUUUUUCUGCUGUUUAGUAGUUUUACAUUAGUGACCUGAUAUACUGUGUAUUUCUACCAACUAAGUUAUUGAUGGACUUUUGUGCAUAAAUAGUGUCAACAUAAGCGCUAUGAAGCGCUAUUUAUUAUUAUAUAUAUAGGCAAAUAUAUAUUUAAUUUGUGACACCAUCAUCUACUCUAAAUGUGGAGAAAAUAGGAUGUAAAACAUAUCAUUGUUGCACUAAUCUGUAUAAAUACUGAAAAAGACAUACUUUAUAAUGGAGGUCCUUACAGAUUUUUGAAUGCUGAUGAAUUGUAUUUUUUUGAGUUUGAAUUUUAAAAUCAGUAUCAAUAAAAAAAAAAACCAAAACA